AUGGCACAAUCGGAUCCUAAUGGACUAUUUGCGAUGGUGGAACUCAACUACCAAGGGGUAUUUAAUCGAAAUCCUUUCUCUUACACUGGUGGUGUUAAAACCAUCUUCAAUGAUGUUGACUUUUCUUCUAUGACUUAUUCUGAGUUUGUGACCUUCUGCGAACGUUUCAUGCAUGAAGAGUGUAAAAAAUUUUACUACUGUGAACCAGACAUGUCCUUCAUGGAAGGCCUUAAUCCCAUUUCAGAUGAUGUGGAAUAUUCUGCUUUUAUUUUUGAUGCUUAUGGAACAGAUGGUGUAAUUUCGGUUUAUGUGGAUCAUAUUGGGGUUGGUGUUGAUGGGUGGAAUGAUGAUGAAGAUAAUGAUGAUGAUGAACAUGAGUCUUGUAUUGAUGGUGAAAAUGAAGACAACAUAAAUGAACUUAGAAAUGUUGCCUUUGAAUUUAAUAAGGAUGUAGUGCAUAUGAAUAGGACAUCAAAUGAUCCUUUCUUGAGUAAGCUAUGUGUUGAUGAUGAGGAUGCAAACAACAUUGUAGAUGAUGACAAUGGGAGAGAAGUUGAAGUUAACAUACAAGCUCAUUUCAUAUUUAAUGAGCUAUUACACUGGAAAAAACAAAAACCAAUUCUAGGGAUGAGAUUUAAGGGUCCAAGCAAAGGUGCUUGCACAUUUAGAUUAUGGGCUUCAUGGAUGAGUGAUGAAGAGAGUUUCCAAAUCAAGUCACUAAAAGCCGAUCAUAAUUGUGCUAGGAACUUCAAGUUUGGAUCAUUGGUGACAUAUGCAUGGAUUGGGAGUCACUAUACCAAAGAGAUUGUAGAAAGUCAGAAAAUAAGUGUAAGGAAGCAUAGGUUAAAGGUAAUGGCCAAGUUUGGUAUCCAAGUUAGUAUGGGGCAAUGUAGAAGAGCAAAGAAGUAUGCACUGAAACUUGUUGAAGGAAACCUUGUUGAACAUUAUGGUAAGCUAUGGUCAUAUGGUCAUGAGAUUUUAAGGACAAAUCCUGGGUCAACUGUGAAACUAGAUAUGGAGGAUGGGCCAGAUGGAAAGAAAUAUUUUAGCAAGUUCUAUUGUUGUUUUCAAGGAGUUAAACAAGGUUGGAUUGAAGGGUGUAGAAGGGUAAUUGGUCUUGAUGGAUGUUAUCUUAAAGGUGUUUGUAAGGGAGAAUUGCUUUGUGCUAUUGGGAGGGAUGCAAAUGACAAGAUAUAUCCUAUUGCUUGGGUAGUGGUUAAUGUGGAGAACAAGAAGAAUUGGAAGUGGUUUCUAGAGCUUCUCAUUGAUGAUCUACACUUGAAUUUAGGCAAUGGUUUCAGUUUAAUGUCAGACCAACAUAAGGGUUUGAUAGAGGCUGUUAAAGAGUUGCUGCCAUAUGUAGAGCACAGGCAGUGUGCUAGACAUAUUUGCCAGAAUUUGCAGAAGAGAUUUACUGUUGAAAAUGGGUUCUCAGAAAGUUUUAAUGUUGUAAUAGUAGAUGCUAGGAAGAAACCCAUAAUAACCAUGUUAGAGGAGAUAAGAUUAUACAUGAUGGACAGAAUCUACAACAUGAAAUUAAAGGGACAACAAUGGGGAAAUCAUAUUUGUCCAGAGAUAAGGGAUAAGGUGAAUUUGCUUAAAAAAGCUCAAAGGCAUUAUCAGAUACUACCAAGUGGAUUAAACCAGUUUGAGGUAAGGGGAGCAAUAGAUGCAUAUGAGGUGGACUUAGAAAGAAAAACAUGCUCAUGUAGGUUGUGGCAAUUAAAUGAAUAUGGAUGUGCUCAUUCUAUAGCUAGCAUAUCCUUUCUUAAUAGGGAUGUAGAAGCCUAUGUAGACAACAUGUUUAGCACAACCACAUUUAGAAAGGCAUACAAUUACAGAAUUGCUCCCAUGAUUAGCAGUGACAUGUGGCCAGAGACAAACUAUACUCCACCAUUGCCUCCUAUUAAUAGAAGGAUGCCUGGUAGGCCAACUACUAAGAGGAAGAAAUCCACUAUAGAGAAUACAGGAACACACAGGGUUUCUAAGGCUGGAAAGAAAAUCAGAUAUAGUAUUUGCAAGGAGAUAGGUCACAACAAGGCCACUUGUCCACAGAGAAGGCCCCAAAAGUUAAAUGUGAUGAAACAGAAGAAACAAAAAGUAUGUGUGAACCAAAAUGCAGGACAGGGUAGUACAAGUGAACCACAACAACAUGAAGAGGUUGAAAUGACUCCAAUUGAGAUGGAUACUACUCAAAAUGAUAUGCAAGUUGCUCCUACUGAUGUUGAAUCUAGUAGUGCAGGGGAUUUUAUUCAAUAUGUGUAA